UCUACUUCUGCUUCGACGUGACAUUUUCGAACGUAACCUAGUAUAACUGUGUUUAAUCCAACCACGAGCUAUACAUAGAUGUGAAAUGGAGUACAUUCAAGUUCCUGAGACAGCGCAAACGAAGAGCAUGAUCCUUUGCUGCGAAUGUGGGACACUCAUCGAGCCAAAUCCUGCAAAUAUGUGUGUAGUAUGCUUGCGUAAUCAUGUCGACAUUACAGAGGGAAUUCCUAAACAAGCUACUUUACAGUUUUGUAAGGGCUGCGAAAGAUAUCUUCAGCCACCUGCUGAAUGGAUUCAUGCUGCAUUGGAAUCCAGAGAGCUUUUAUCGCUAUGUUUAAAGAAAUUGAAGGGAUUAAAUCGUGUAAAAUUGAUAGAUGCUGGAUUUGUAUGGACAGAACCACAUUCCAAAAGAUUAAAAGUAAAAUUAACUGUUCAUGCAGAAGUACUUGGUGGAGCGGUAUUGCAGCAAGUAUUUGUGGUUGAAUAUACUGUGAAUCAUCAAAUGUGCAAUGAUUGUCAUCGCACAGAAGCUAAAAAUUACUGGCGUGCGAGUGUACAAGUUCGGCAAAAAGCGAUAAACAAAAAAACUUUUUUUUAUUUAGAACAGCUUAUAUUGAAACAUAAGGCACAUGAACAAACACUGGGUAUAAAGCCUAUUCAUGAGGGUUUGGAUUUUUUCUAUGCAAAUGAAGCUAUGGCUAGAAAAAUGGUUGAUUUUUUAGUAACGGUCAUACCAUGUCAGUAUCAACAUUCAAAAAAAUUAAUUUCAUACGAUUGUCAUAGUAACAUAUACAAUUAUAAAUUUACAUACAGUGUCGACAUUGUUCCAAUCUCCAAAGAUAGCAUAGUUUGUCUACCACGAAAAUUAACUCAGCAAUUGGGUGGAAUCAGUCCCAUUUGUUUGGUAUAUAAAAUUACAAAUUCUGUGCAUCUAAUAGAUGUUUCAUCAGGUCAAAUUACUGAAGUAAGCUCAACUGUUUACUGGAGAUAUAACUUCAACAGUAUAUGUAAUCCAAAACAAUUAACAGAAUUUGUGGUCAUGGAUAUUGAGCCAAUAAAACAUACAGAUAUCAAAUCUUUCCCAGGGCAAGGAUCUAUUUCUAAAAAACAUGUCAUAGCGGAUGCAUGGCUGGUGAAAGCAUCCGAAUUAGGGAUGAACGAUAAUCUAAUUCACACACGUACACAUUUAGGCCAUAUACUUAAACCAGGUGAUUCGGUCCUAGGCUAUGCUCUAAAAGAUAGUAAUAUUAACGAUACUAAUUUUGAUAAACUAAGUGAAGAUUUAAUACCCGAUAUUAUUUUGGUAAAAAAGUUUUAUGGCCACGAUAAAGCGGCUCGUCGCAGGGCAAGAGUGUGGAGGUUGAAACAUAUUGCUGAUGAAAUAUUCAGCAUGAGUACUGAAAAUAAUGAGUAUAAUGAAUUCCUCGACGAUUUAGAAGAAGAUCCGGAAUUGAGGCAGAACAUCAAUAUAUUUCGGGAUACUAGGAAACAAAUUCCUGUUGAUACUAACGAAAUAGAUCCAAGUAUUCCGCAGAUUACACUUGAAGAAAUGUUAGACGAUCUUGUAAUUGAGGACACCGAAAUGACCGAAGUUUCCGAAUAAAAAAAAUAUAUAUUUGAAGGAACAUUUUUUGCAAGUUACAUGUAAAAAAUGUACUUAUGAAAAAUUUCAAAAUAUUUUGAAAACUUGCCGAUGAAUUGCUAUCAAUUUAUGUAUACUUCGAUACCUUAUAUAAUAAUAAUUCACAAUAUUUAACGUUGCUGGAUUAUGUUAAUUCAAUCUAUUAUUUGCUAAAUCAUUUCGACGAUAUAUAUUUUAUGUAUGAAAAUUA